AUGGAAGCGGAAGCACCUCCGCCGGUGAGAUUAUGGGGCGAUUCGGGACAGGAAGAGAUGCUACGACAGCGCGAGCCGCCGUCAGGCGCCCCUUCGCCUCUGCCCUUUCCAUUGACCGACUUCUUCGAUGUUCCGGCCACGCUGCAGAUCCUCACAUCCCGUUCCUUCCGUAAGUUUCCCGACGAGCUGCUGCCCUACGCGCCGGAGGUCUACCGCCACCUGCAGUCAGGCCUGGGCUCCGAAGUUUUGUUGUUCGUGUUGGGCGACACUUCAUAUGGCGCGUGCUGCGUCGACGAAGUGGCGGCGCAGCAUUUGAGCGCCGACGUCAUCGUACAUUACGGCCGCACCUGUCUCUCUCCGACAUCACAUCUGCCGGUCAUCUACGUCUUCGGCCGCAAGCCUCUGGACGUCGCGCAUCUGGUCCAAGAAUUCAAACAAUCCUUCCCACUCGUCGACCAACACACACAAAACAUUGAGUUCACAUGCCAGGAGGGCGGUCGCGUGGUGGUAUACUACGACGUGGAGUUCGCCUACGCCGCGCCGCUGCUCGAGGCCGAGCUCCGGUCGGCCGGCUACCCGGCCGCCGAGGUCGCCGUGAGCCGCCUCGACCGCUUCUACGUGCCCGCCCGGGGCCUUCGCCUCCCGCCUCUCACCACCACCACCGGCAGCGGCGGCGGCGGCUGCGGGUCGUGCGAUUGUCGACAGCCCCGGGAGCAGCCUGACGAGCCCAGUGCCACGUCAGCUGUUGCUGAGGCCGAGGCUGCUGAGGUGGUGGUCUACGGGCGCAGAAUUGCGGCGCCGGGCCAGGGCGGCGGCCAAGACAAGAAGCGCGACGUGGUGCUGUUCGUGGGCGAGGAGGGUCCCACGCUCACCAACUUUGUCAUCACCUACAGCCAAGCCCGGAUGUGGCGGUACAGUCCCGACAGCAGGGAGCUGCGAAGGGAGACGCUGUCGGUGAACAAGACCCUCAUGCGACGGUACUUCCUCGUCGAGAAGACCAAGGACGCCGACAUCAUCGGCAUCGUCGCUGGCACCCUCGGCGUCUCCAAGUACCUGCAGAUCAUGGACCACAUGAAGCGGCUGAUCAAGGCGGCCGGGAAGAAGUACUACACGUUCGUGGUGGGCAAGCUCAACCCGCACAAGCUCGCCAACUUUGAGCACAUCGACAUCUUCGUGCUCGUGGCCUGCCCCGAGAACAGCUUGAUCGAUUCGAAGGAAUUCUUCAAGCCCGUCAUCACGCCCUACGAACUCGAGCUCGCCCUCACCAAGGGUAAGGAGUGGACCGGAGAGUACAUCACGGACUUCAGCGAGAUCCUGCCCUCGCUCGCCCCCAGCUCCGCGGAAGAAGGCGCUGACGUGCCGCACAAGAACGAAGAGCCCAGCGAAGAAGAAGACGAGCCUCGCCUGUCGCUCAUCGACGGCAAACUCAAGUCCAGCGCCCGACCUGAGGCGAGCGGGGGCGAGGCCGGGCAGGAGCUGGUGGUGUCCGGUGGUCAGGCGCUGGCGGUGAGCGUGCCCACGGCGGCCACCUUCUUGGCCCAGCGGCAGUGGAAGGGGCUCGAGCAGAAGCUGGGCGAGACGGAGGUCAAGCUCGCCGAAGAGGGGCGGGCGGGCAUCCCCAAGGGCUACACUGUCGGUGAGGAUUCAUCGCGCACCUGA